UUGUCCACGUCCUAUCAUAACCAAAGAGCGAUAAACGAUUGUGUUUUUAAAAACUGGCUUAUUAACAUAUUUGAAAUCAAUGUUUUGGGCUACUUUCAGACAAGCUGUGCGUAGGUAUGUGAAUCAAGUUCAAAUCUCCCAGCAUGCAUUUCCUCUUCAUGGUUACAGAUUCACUUUUCUGUGUGUCUCAAGUGCUCAAGGCUGCCGGGCGAAACAGUAAAGGUGGUGGCCUGUCUGAGUUGCCAUCAUGCUCGUGGCUCCUCUUUGUUUGCUGGUGCUGUUUGUUUACUUGGGUUCCUUGUUGGGAGCACAGCUGCCAUAUGAAAACCCACGUGACAUCACCGGUGCUCACCCCUUCCCUUGGGACCAGAUGAGACUCCCCAAAACGGUCUUUCCUGUCCACUAUGAAAUGACCAUUCACCCCAACUUGACCACAUUGGACUUCAUGGGCAUUGUUCGCAUCCAGCUUGAAGUACGUAUGGACACCAAAGCCAUUGUUCUCCAUGCCAAGCAAUUGAAGACCUUCAAUGUGAAGCUCAGGACGCCUGAGGGUGUGAGGGCUCUGCGGGUUCUGGAAAAUCCUUAUUAUCAGCAGCUUGCCUUGCUCUCAGACGAGGUGUUGACCGAAGGGAAGGACUACGAGGUACAGUUGGAGUUUUCCGCCCAGCUCUCUGACAGCUACCAUGGGUUUUAUAAGAGCAGCUACCGCACAAGCAGUGGGGAAAGUUACAUUCUGGAACUAUUCAAGGACUUGAUCAACCAACAGAAGUGGGAUGACUCAGGUACUGUGUCAGAGCGAAUGCUGCGCAGCUACCUGCUGCUGUUCGCCUGCAUCAGGAACUUCACUCCUUGCGUGACCAGAGCCAGCCAGCUCUUCAACAUGUGGAAAGCCUCUGACGGCAACAUGAGCCUCCCCGUUGAUGUCACCAUGGCCGUGUACGCUGUCGGGGCUCAAACAUCGGAAGGGUGGGACUUCCUGUUUGAGAAGUACAUCCAGUCUUUGCAAACGUCCAUUAAAAGUCGCAUAAAGACCGCCUUGGCUUUAACCCCACUACAUCACAAGCUCAGGUGGAUGUUGGAGCAGUCUCUCCUUGGAGAGGUGAUGAAAACUCAAGACCUUCCAGAUGUGAUGGUCUCUGUCAGCAGGAACCCCCGAGGCCACAAACUAGCUUGGGACUUCAUCCAAGCCAACUGGCAGACCUUGAUCAAAAAGUUUGAACUUGGCUCCCCCUCUGUCAUGCAAAUGGUUGCGGGAGUGACCAGCCAUUACUCAACAAAGACAAUGCUACAGUCGGUGCAAAAAUUCUUUGGCUCGCUGAAGAAGGAGACGGGCUCAGAGAUGAGGUGUAUCCAGCAGGCGUACGACACCAUCAAUGAUAACAUCCGAUGGUCCAAAAGCAACCUCCCCAUACUGCAGUCCUGGCUGAACAAACACAACAGACAUGUGCAUGAUGACUUGUGAUGUUCACACAAAGGGGGAUUAUAUCAAUGCUUUUUAGCCUUUUUCUUCCACGGAUAGACAACGCAAAAUGUGUGAGGUGGGGCUGGUUCAGUAUUUGAGAGAACCAGCCAAAGUGGACCUUACUGUAUAUAUAAAAAUUGUCCCUGUGAAACGAUGGGACUACAUUUGUUCUAAACCAAACACAGUUUUCUUUGACUCCAACAUAUUUGUGUUCUUUGUCAGAGUUUAUUUAAAACACAAAGCUUUGUGUUAUUAUUAGUUAUUAGUAUCAAUAUUUUAGCUUUUACUCUUUUACUUUUUCAUUGUUAUCAUCUACUGACUCUCAACGAAGGCGGUCGCAUCUUUUCCCUCCCCUCCCCUCUACCUUAUCUUUCCUGCUUUGCUUCUCACGUCUCCUUUGUGUCCUGUCUCAUACUUUUAAGAGCCUCUCUCCGCAUUGUUCUCCAAAUCUAAAUCAUGGAAUUGGUCAACUGGUCUCUCCACGCAGUUUGACAAAAUCUUCUUGACGAGAAGCUCGGGUUCAGGGGAUGCAGGCGAAGCUCUGCCGGAGGUUAGAAUUGAAGACUCGACGAACAGGAGACUCUGCCAAACGUUCCCAGCACACCCUCAGUACACGUUUAGAUCACCCAGGUCUGUCCGGUGUCCUCCCUCGCCAUCUAAUCCAACUCAUCACCAGAUGGUGAUCAGUUGACAGCUCAGCCCCUCUCUUCACCCGCGUGACCAGAACAUGCGGACGCAGGUCUGAUUAUAAGACUACACAAGUCCAACAUAGACCUGCGGUCUAGGGUGUUCUGGUGCCAUGUGCACUUGUGGACAGCCUUAUGUUCAAACAUGCGCUAAAAUCAGCGGUACAUAUUUUAUGCGUUUAUAUAUGCAUUAAGUGCUAACUACCGCGGGCUGUGAGCCGAGUUCCAGUCUGCUACAAGAUGAUGCUGAGUUUGGUGCUGCGACACCACACCUAUGUGUGAUGUCCUGUGAGAAGUUACAGCAACAAGCAGGACUUUACUUCUUGCCGUCCUCUUGACACUGUGCAUAGCUAUGACUGUUGGCAUAUAUUGCUAAGUCAUUGCUUUUGUUGCAUUGUAAUUGUUCAUCUUCACCCUCAAUACAAACACACAGUCUCUUUCUCUUUCUCUCUGAAACUCAUGCACGCACGCGCGCGCACACAUCUGUUGUGGGUUGUUUUUGUUCAAAAAUAAAUGUCUUGCAUUUUGACAUACGCUGGUUUUAUAUCUGAAACAAUUUGUUCUCUCAUUCUGUAUUAACUUAGUGCAAGGUUGUGCAGUAUAUUGGUAGGGGCCUUUGAGGCUGCCUUUCCUGCUUUUUGUGUUAAAAGAACAUAUGAAGAGGGCCCUGGCUAUGUUCGCCUUAGGCCCAAAAUUGCUAAGUCUGCCAACUGUCCAUAGCACGUGCCGAAAUGAGGCUGAGACGAGUGGCUGGCUGCUGGCUUGUGCUGGAACACCUCCUUUCCCCCCCUCCCUGGUGCAAGUUUUGAGUUCUUGUGUUUUAAAGUGUGCUUAUUUGUGCCUAUGUUGCCAAGUUUUUUUUCCCCACACUGUACUCUCCCAUAGGAGCAUAGUUUUGGCCUUGAUUUUUUUUCCUCCUCCCCUCUCCUCUUGCUCUCCCUUCUCCUCUUCCUCUUUUAUCACCCAGUCGUCCUGUCUUGUCUCCCACCGUGUCAUCAUAUAGUAUGUUGUAUAUGUACGGAUGGGUGAUUGCACAUUGCUGCGUGGACCUCUGUAUAAGUGACAAGUGGUGAAGGCCAUUCUCUGUCUCUCUCUCUCUCUCGCGCGCACACUCUCAUUUAUGGCUUAAAAUGCUUCAGCCAAGUACAGCUAUAUCACAGUAAAUAUAUGUACAGUCAAACCUGUCUUAGCGGCCACCUGUAUAUAACGGCCACCUGCUUAUAGCGGCCGCUGAAAAAAAAUCCCCUGCAGAAAAUGUACGUGUUAUGGACCCUGUGUAUAGCGGUCACCUGUCUAACGCGGCCAGCGGCCACCCAUUUUGUAAAAAAGUUUUGUUUUUUAAUCAAUGAAGCCGUCGUGUGUAGACUUUAAUUACUGAGUCCUAGCUCAGUCACAAUCAUUCACAAGAUCCACACAAACUGUCACAUAAAAAAACAUAAACAUAAAACAUUAAAAAAGGCCGUCUUGUUUGGAGCUUGUUGCAGACAGUGACACUGUUUAUUUCCUGGUGUGAGACAAUAUGCACUGGUCAAUACUGUAAUGCCCCUUGUUGUGGGGAAGGAGAGACUCACGUCGCCGAUGCACUUUAUUCGCUUUAUUAACAGCAGUUUAUUAACCUAGUAGUGCUUUACAACUUUUAUCCACAGUCCCACAGUGCCCUCUACUGGUAACAGUAUAAUUAUAUGUACUGUAUCUGCAAACACAACAAGCUUCUAAUCACAGACAAAAUUCAAAAUGGCCACCAACAUGUCUAUAACGGCCACCUGCCUAUAGCAACCACCAAAGGGAAACGGCAAAAGUGGCCGCUAUAGGCAGG